GCCAAGAGCAACUGUGGCUGGCUGGCUCCUCCCUCUUCGCGGAGCUUGAGUUUCUGGAGGAGCACAUAAGGCCUUAAAUUGAAUCGUGGGUUGUGGAGGAUAAUGAAUUUCAUGUAUUGGGUUGCGGGAGUUUGUGCCAGGACGCAAGGGUAGUAGAGAUAGUGGAAGGCGAGGGAGCGGUGGAAGUUUUAAGCGCGGGGUGAGUUUUGGGGAGCAGGUGCGGAAUGGCGAAGGGUUUUGGGGGAGAGGGAGCCGUUUGGUCGCGCGUUGUCGAUGGUUAGGAAGUAAUUUUGGACGUUUGGCAGGGUGUGCAGAUGCUGUGUGAAGAGGAGAAGAGGAGGAGGAAGUGGAGAGGGUGGAGAUUCAUUUGAGGGAGUGAUUGUUGGUUUGUGGGAGGAUAGUCUGCUGGGUGGCGUUGAGUGGAACCGACACGAUGACGAUGAACAACGAGCGGAAGGUAAUUGAGUUGGAGCAAGGAUGGAGCUUCAUGCAGAUAGGGAUUACGAAGCUAAAGAACCUGUUGGAGGGCGUACCCGAGCAGCAGUUCAGCUCCGAGGAAUACAUGUUACUUUAUACAACAAUUUACAAUAUGUGUACGCAGAAGCCUCCACAGGAUUAUUCUCAGCAACUAUAUGACGGAUAUAGAGUGUCCUUCGAGGAGUACAUCAAUUCAAAGGUGUUGCCCGCACUUAGAGAAAAACACGAGGAGUUCAUGCUCAAGGAGCUUGUGAAGAGAUGGUAUAAUCACAAAAUUAUGGUUAGAUGGCUGUCCCGGUUUUUUAAUUACCUAGAUCGGUACUUCAUCGCCAGGCGGUCUCUUCCUGCAUUGAGCGAAGUCGGUCUCAUUUGUUUCCGUAACCUGGUUUAUGCAGAGACGAAGAUCAAUGUGAAAGAUGCGGUCGUAGCUCUGAUUGAUCGUGAGCGUGAAGGCGAGCAGAUAGAUCGGGCACUUCUGAAGAAUGUUCUUGGUAUCUUUGUUGAAAUUGGAAUGGGCAACAUGGAUGCAUACGACACAGACUUUGAGCAAUUCAUGCUCGAAGAUACUGCUGCUUACUACAGGAGGAAGGCCUCGUCUUGGAUUCAAGAAGAUUCAUGUCCUGACUACAUGCUCAAGGCCGAGGAAUGCUUGAAAAGGGAGAAGGAAAGGGUUGGGCAUUACUUGCAUGCUAGUAGUGAGCAAAAAUUGCUGGAGAAAGUUCAGCAAGAACUCCUUACGCAAUACGAAACACAAUUACUUGAGAAAGAGCAUUCAGGCUGUCAUACUCUGUUGAGGGAUGAUAAGGUUGAUGAUCUGUCAAGAAUGUAUCGGUUAUUCUACAGAAUUCCGAAGGGUUUGGAACCUGUGGCAUCCAUUUUUAAACAGCAUGUCACAGAGGAAGGAACCGCCCUUGUCAAACAAGCUGAAGAUGCAGUCAGUAAUAAGAGGGCUGAGAAGAAAGAUACAGUUGGAGUACAAGAGCAGGUCUUUGUGCGAAAGGUGAUUGAAUUGCAUGACAAGUAUCUGCAGUAUGUCAGCGAGUGUUUUGCGAAUCAUUCUCUUUUUCACAAGGCAUUGAAAGAAGCCUUUGAAGUUUUCUGUAAUAAGGGUGUUGCAGGGAGUACAAGUGCAGAGCUCCUGGCCACGUUUUGUGAUAAUUUAUUGAAAAAGGGUGGAAGCGAAAAGCUAAGUGAUGAAGCAAUUGAGGACACACUUGAAAAGGUAGUGAAGCUUCUUGCGUAUAUCAGUGACAAGGACCUGUUCGCAGAGUUUUACAGGAAAAAGCUAGCUCGAAGGUUGCUUUUCGACAAAAGCGCUAACGACGAUCAUGAGCGUAGCAUCUUGACCAAGUUGAAACAGCAGUGUGGAGGACAGUUCACUUCUAAGAUGGAGGGCAUGGUGACAGAUCUGACCCUUGCACGCGAGAAUCAAUCGAACUUUGAGGACUAUUUGUCGGAUAAUACCAAGUCCAAUCCAGGCAUCGAUUUGACAGUGACAGUACUUACAACUGGAUUUUGGCCCAGUUAUAAGUCUUCAGAUCUGGCCUUACCGGCAGAGAUGGUUAAAUGUGUUGAAGUAUUCAAGGAGUUUUACCAAACGAAAACGAAGCAUCGGAAAUUGACUUGGAUUUACUCCCUGGGAACAUGUAACAUAACUGGAAAGUUUGAUGCCAAGCCUAUUGAGCUUAUUGUAACAACAUAUCAGGCCGCAGUGCUAUUGCUUUUUAAUGCCGAGGAUAGGCUGAGCUACAAUGAUAUCAAGAACCAGCUGAAUCUUACUGAUGAGGAUAUAGUUAGACUGUUGCACUCAUUGUCAUGUGCGAAGUACAAGAUUCUUAACAAAGACCCCAAUACUAAGGCCGUCGGACAAAAUGACAUCUUUGAGUUUAAUACUAAGUUCACGGACAAGAUGAGACGGAUAAAGAUUCCUCUGCCGCCAAUGGAUGAGAAGAAGAAGGUGAUAGAGGAUGUGGACAAGGACAGGCGAUACGCAAUCGAUGCAUCUAUUGUCCGGAUCAUGAAAAGCCGUAAAAUGCUUCCUCAUCAGCAACUGGUACUGGAAUGUGUUGAGCAGCUCGGGCGGAUGUUCAAGCCUGAUUUCAAGGUGAUCAAGAAGCGAGUUGAGGACCUUAUCGCUCGUGAUUAUUUAGAGCGAGACAAAGACAACCCUAAUAUGUUCAAAUAUGUCGCGUAAUGAAGCAGACAGGUUUAAAUCCAAGUUUACUUGAAGGAGUCUGAUUAGGUUUGAACAAUACGACUGGGGCGGGGUUUUUAGAUAUGGGAAUAUCAUGAUGAACCGAUUUAAGGAAUGGCUACAGGCGUUUGUCACAUCUAACUUCUACGUUGGUUAAAUUUUGUGGGGUUAUCUUGGCUCAUAAGGUAUAAGUCAGUUGUAUAGGCUUUUUAGAUAUUGCCUGAUUUGUUACAUCAUAUAGUAGGGGUUAUGUGCGGGUUUGAUUUGCCAUUGUCUUUUUAUUAGUUGUAGAACGUUCAAUUAAUACCUGCCACGAUGGGUGGCGAACUGAAGAGGACAUACAUGAAAGCCAUACAACACAGCACACGCAUCUGUAUAUUUCUCUCAGUGCUGUGUAUUCGUUGGCAUUACAAUCACUUUCGACAGUAGUAUUGAACAUGCAUUUCUUCUUGUGCCUCA